AUGCUGAAGCGAGUAGCCUGCACAUUGAUUUCGCUGGUGCUACUGGCUGGCAUUGCUCGCGCCGGGCCUGGAACGCUCAGACUGAAAUUCUAUGGGGUGAACGGUGAUGGCUAUGAUUGUGAUCAGCUGUUCGGGAGCUGUGACUUUGAAGUCCAAUCCAUUUUUGCAUACACCACAAGUGCUGGUACGACCACCCAAAAAGUUGGUCUCGGCGAAAAAUCCAACAAUAAUUCGCCUCGCUGGAAUUAUGUUUUUAACGCAACGGAUUUCCCCACAUUCUCGGGAUCCAUCACUUUCAGCAUUGAUUUGAUUGAAAACGAUUCGGAUAGCAAUGGUGAGACUGACGACUACGGUGCGGUUACGUACAACGUUGCAGUCACUGCAGGUGCUGCAGCAAAGGAUGUGACUCUGGGUGGCUUUUGGUACGUGAACAACGUCUACAUCAACGUGCAGUUCACCUGCAGCCCCGAAUACUAUGGCGGCACGUGCGACACCCGAUGUUCGACAAACUCUGGCAACUGCAACAACUGCAACUCCGCGGGUGCCUGUACCGCCUGUGCCACUGGCUACUCUGGUACUGUCUGGCCUUGCACUCUAACUCCCAACUGGUGCACCAUUCCCGGUACGGCUGUUGGCGGUGGCACGAGAAGCUGUGCCAACACCAUCAAUGGUGUUUGCACAACCUCCUGCAAUAACGGCUACACACUUAGCCCUGGCACGGCAGCUUCGACGACGUGCCUCUCGUCGCGGGCGUGGUCUUCAGGCAACCCUGGCGUCUGUGUCGUCAACAACAAUUACUGCACUGCCAAGGCAGCUCCGACGAACGGCCAAAUGUCCUGCACAAACUUUUUCGCCUUGAAUUCCGUCUGCUCCUUCUCUUGCCGUUCUGGCUAUACCUUUGCUGGAUCUUCCUCGUUCACUUGCAACAGCAACACACAAGCAUCCGGAUCCUGGUCUGCUGGCACAGACCCAACGUGCACGCCCAUCACCAACUUCAGCCCAACAGUCCCGAGCGGUGCCACCUCGUUUAGCACCACCGAGAGUGCCGAGGUGCCCAUUGCUUCCAUCGUUACUGCAUCUUCGGCGUCCAUUGCCUCACAAGCGUCGGCAGUUUCUGCGUCUGUUAGUUCUGAUACCUCGGUGCUGUUGGCUUCUGUUGUAUCAACCGCAUCGACAUCUGCUGCAUCCGUUGCAUCCUCCAUUGUGCAACACAGCAGCGACACCCAAGCCUCAUCUUCAGCAGCUGCCGUCGCUGCUGCUGUUGCUUCUGUUGCCGUUGUUGCGAUAAUUGCAGCGGUCUUGAUCGUGCUGCGACGCCGUCGAUUGCAACGACGUUCGGCUGCGCGACCGAAAAACGCUGUCAAAGACACUGCCGGCCCCGUCUAUCCGACGCCAGAACCGACGGACUCUGCCAAUCCCAUCUAUCACGAGGCUUCGGAACUGACAGGCUCCUCCAUGCUCCAUUCGACGCGAGCUCAUAGAGCGGAGGGCAGCUCAUCAGCUUACGCCACAGCCGGCCAAAGGCAGCCAGAACCUUUCGCCUAUGUUGCUGGCAGCAAUUCUCGUCGCGUUCGUGAAGGCUUGACCAUUGUGAAGCACCUUGCCAGCGGAAACUUUGGCGAUGUGGCACUGGGUCAAGUGCCGUUCAGCGGCUUGCCCGAACGAGCGCGAACCUUGCUUGGACCUGCAGCGCCCGAAACCGUGCAGGUUGCAGUCAAGUCGCUCAAGUCUGAUGCAGACGAGAAAUCCCGCAAGGACUUUGAAAGCGAGGCGAAACUGAUGGCACCUUUUGUGCAUCCGAAUGUCGUGCGUCUGCUUGCGGCUUUGGUCGAGUCAGAGCCCCAUCUCGUUCUGCUCGAGUUUGUGCAGUACGGCGAUUUGCGUUCACUGCUGCAAAAGUCCAAAAAACAGUCAUUCAAGUGGUCUGAGAACGAGCAAAUCCAUGCGAUUCGCCAGAUUGCACUCGGGAUGGAGUAUCUGGGCACGCUCCACUUUGUGCACCGCGAUCUCGCUGCUCGCAACUGCCUUGUGGGGCAAGGCAUGGUGGUCAAGAUUGCCGAUUUCGGACUUUCUCGCGAGCUGGCCGACGAGAAUGAUUACUACCGCAUGGAAACGCGUGGCAAACUUCCCGUGAAGUGGAUGGCGCCAGAGACAAUGACUUUCCGAAAGUUCUCGUCCAUGUCCGAUGUUUGGUCCUUUGGUGUGACAGCCUGGGAAUGCUGCUGUUACGGAGAAAUGCCUUACGGCAAGUUGAGCGGUCGGGAUACCCUGGCUCAUGUGGAAGCUGGUGGUCGACUGCCGCAGCCGGAGUACUGCAUGCUCGAGCUCUACAACAUGAUGAUGAGUUGCUGGAACAUGACACCGGAGUUCCGACCGAGCUUUUCUCAGCUCGUCAAGGUGCUGGCAGGGUUUCAGGAUGGGACGACCAUUCGCGAGAUUGGCGCAAUGGUGUAA